GUGGUGGGCUACCUCAUAUGCUCAUCGGAAGUAAAAUCCAACUCACGUCGGCCACCGUCUUGAUGGCACUUGUGUCAGCCCGUACGGGGGCAACUAUCUUAGGCCGCUCGAGCGGAGAGGCCAUCUGCGAUGGCGCCGAAGUUGUGAGCAGCACCACCAUUUCGGUGAACGGCAAGGAAGUGGUCCAUACCACCUAUUCUUGCCCUUCCAUCGCUCGUCGAGGUAUUAUAUGUCGUCUCCUUGGGAUCUGUCCCACUAAACCUAAACCAGCACCAACCGACCUUCCGACCUAUGUGUGCGAUCAACUUUGUGAUUACGUUUGCAGUGACCCCAAUCCAUUGCCGCCUAUAACCGAGGAUUGCGGUGUGAUCCAAGACGCCAUUCAGAUAUACGAAGGAAGCAUCGCUCCCACUUUUGUCGUCGAUGCUAGCAGUAUCGAGCAGUUGACUUACGGCACUUGUCGUUUCUUCUUCGAAAAUUUGAGUUCGGCACCCCUCGAAUAUUGCUGGACCAGCCUCUCAUCGAUAGCAUCCUCCGGUGAGACGGCGUGUUUCCCACCUGUUCAACCGGUCCAGUCUCAGGCAUUAUGCAUUCCAUCCACUGGUGCUUGGGAGGUUGGAGUUGGACACUCUUAAGCGUCGAAAGUCUCGAGAGUCAAGACUGCUCAAAGUAACAAUGUUAGCAAAGGUCUUGAAAUAAAACAUUUUAUGCCAAUAACGAGAGGUUGAUACACUAGCUAUGGUUACAGUUCCGUUUGAGACAAGGGAUUUGGGUUGGCUAUUUCUGCCACGACAACCGGGAGCCCCGUGCCAAGGUCUAUAAUAUGUAAUAUGUAUCAGGCAAAAAUCGAAUGCUGAAGAUUAGUCUCCAGUCACCCACCACUUCCAUUGAAUUCAUCUCUGCGCAUUCGGUGGCGUUCCU